CGAAGAGCACCAAGCCAAGCUUGAGCUGCACCCAGGUGCAUAUCAAUCGACCACUUCCCUUGCGCGGCGGCGCGACGAAGAGUGGGAUCGUCGCCUCGGACCCGUUCCACGCAGUGCGUUGUCGUCGCCGCACGGUGGCGACAUGCAUUUCCCUUUCGAGGCAAUUGACCAUGGGCCUGCCGCCGCUGCCGCUGCCACCCAACUACUUUCUCCAACCGCCGCUGCAGCCGCACGAUGUCGACAAGUACUUUCGCCUGGCCGAAGUAACCACACGUGACGUGAUCGCAGCAGCGCAGCUAGAUGGGGGCGUCGUCCAGUGGACUCCAGCAGGAGUUGUCGAACGGCCAACGAUGACGAACCGAGUCGGCGUGCCGCCAGGUCGUGGCGCGUGCACCAUCUACAAAGGGUCGAACCCGACCGCUCCACCCGGCGUCAUCUCGUAUAUGGCCACGAUGGAGCUAGAAGCGACGUUGGCGGAAAUCACGACGCUGUUUGCCGCGUCUACACAGGAGGAGCUCCAUCAAUUUCGCCGCACCCUUGCCCAAGACGCACACGAAAUUCACCUGCUGUACGCGCUGGCGACGCCAACACCCGACUUUCCCAAUCGCCUCGUUGCGAUCCGAUACUACCUCAUGAAGUCCGCCGUUCCAGCUCUGUCGCGGCCGCGCGACUACUGCUGCCUCGAAAGCAACUUGGAUUUUGAUAUUAACGGCAAGCGCGGGUUUGCGCGGUCCAUGCGGUCCAUCGAUCUGGCGUGUGUCCCGACGUUCGAAGAGUCGUUCAAUAUCGUCCGUGGCUACCAACAUGGCGGGGGGUUUGUCUUUGUCGAGACCGACGCCCCCGGCGUCCUGUCGGCGGUGCAGCUGCAACAAGUCGACUUGAAAGGCAAACUCCCGACGUGGCUCAUUGAUCUCCGGAUCAAGCUGUGGUGCCGCGGGUUUCACGCCAUCGCGCAGCUCGUCAGCGAAAGCCGCAUGGACGAGCAAGAGUUCCUCCUGGACCACGAGGUCGUGUCCAAGUCGAGCCGGCGGCACUGCGUCGUAUGCCUCACCAAAUUUCGACUUGUGUUCAAACCCCCCGCGCGAUGUCGGAAAUGCGGCGAGGUCAUGUGCCACAAGUGCGCCCCGCUCUGGUCUGUGCGCACCAAGGGUGGCCAAGUGCGUCGCAUUCGCGUGUGCCAGUUGUGUUCGCGCAACUCGCACCCGUUGCAGUCGCAGUCAAGUUCGCAGGAAGCGGUCGAGAUGGUGAUGCUCGGUCCGGAAGAUGUCGAGGACAAGGACGGUGGCGGCAGCGACGAACUCACGUGGCGGCAGCGACGAACUCACGACCGCGCGGUGGUCGUUGGAUGAAUCCGAAGCCUCCGCCGCGGCCAACAUGAUGGAGUCGCUGACGUCGUCGGCCGAUCGGCUGUGAUAUCGAUGGCACUUGAUGAUGUCGCUAUUGCGUAAAGAUAGCGAGCGAGCUUGCUAUUGUGCUAGAAAGUAAUGUAUUCGUCCCGAAAGGAGCCGUCCAGGUCUCCUACUCAGCCAA